AUGGCCGAUCCUCAAAUCUCUUCCGGCAAACCCCCCCGGUCCAUCACUACUCGCUUCCGUUGUGCUUUGACCGGCUCCGAGUGCAACUACACCAAAUCGCGCCGAGGUUACAAAGGUCCAUCCAAGAAGCGUCGCGCUGAUGAGGAAUCGCCAGAGCAUCAGCUGCCCAUGGAUCCUUUCGUCGGUAGGGCCGAUGUUUCCGUCGACUGGAAUCAUCUACCAACUGGUGGUGGGGGAAUUCCAGGCUAUCAUCAAUAUACACCUACAAUGCCACUACUCUCCUCUGGAUCUGCAAGCCCCGGAUUGCACGAGUUUCCCAUGACAACACCCCAAAUGCGUCCGAUGCCCGGCCCGUUGACCCCGGAUUCUGCUUCUUCCGUCGGCAGCGACGGAUAUUUACUCGAUAUCUACUACACCUACUUCCACGCCGCGCAUCCCAUUCUCCCACCAUUGCGAUUCCUAUACCGCUCCAAUUUCCCUCCAUUUUUGGAACAAGUGAUGAAGUUCAUUGGCGCUCACUUCACUCCGGCCACCUCGAGUGAGAUCUAUCGCCCAAUGGUUGUCGCUGCAGUUCAGGAGCAAGUCCCCAGUAUCGAGAAGAUCCAGGCUCUCCUGCUACUGGCGAUUGUGUUGCAUUCGCGAAAUGAGCGAAUGGAGGCUGGCCAAUGUCUAGCUAGUGCAGUUGAUAUAGCACUCGAUAUCGGUCUCAAUCAAGCCAGCUAUGCCGAGGUUGCGAGCAACGGCGAUCCAAUCCGCGCCGAAUGUCUUCGUCGGACCUGGUGGGAGCUGUUUGUGAUUGAGGGAAUGCUGACGGCUCUCGGAGUGCAAAGCGUGUACCGCACUAACCUGGUGUUACCUGAAGUCCCACUUCCCUGUGAGGAGCGAAUAUACCAGGACGGCCUGACCCCGCCGCCUGCACCGACGAUCGCCCAGUUCGAUGAGCGUGUAUUUGCCGAUGAGGAGCGCGACUUUUCUUCCUAUUCAUACCGAAUUGAAGCGGUACGCAUUCUUGGUCGUGUGGUGGCCACGCAAGCAAUGACCGAGGGCCAGCAGGAUAACGUCGAGGCCAUCGAUGCCCGUAUCGCUAGUUGGUUUCAUCACCUGCCGGAAUCCAAGGCAGAGCUCAUGCGACCGGAUGGUUCGGUAGACGAGAUCAUGUUCCAAGCGACCAUGCUAGUAAAUGGAGCCUCCAUUUACCUGAACUUCCCUCGUUCCGACCUCUUGUCAUCCCCAGCAGUCGCCUCGGAGGUAAUCUGUGGUCACCACGGUCCGAUCAGCGUCCCCGCUUUCUCCCACCACGCCCAUGCCAUGAAGGCCGUCAAAGCAGCUAGCGAGCUUAGCACACUAGCGGCGAUGCGUCUGCCUGUGGAACGACACACACCUUUCUUUAUCUGCGCGCUUACGCUCAGUUCCAUCGUCCAGCUGGCCGCCUGCUCCGUCAAGGCAGGACAGAUGCCUGACCCGAGUCGGGAUCGCAUUGGACUUACCAUCGGUGUUUUCCGAUCAUUGGCUCGUACUUGGGCUAUCUCCCAAUCCAUUAUGCGACAGAUAAAAGCCGUCGCGCGUGAUGUGCUGGAGCUUGGUGUUCGGCCUAGCAUUGACCCGCUAGAUCUCACGUCAUAUCUCGAUGCUGGCCGAUUCUGGGUCCAGGACGGACCUAGCUGA